AUGGCCCCUUCAUCAAAACCUUCCAAGACAUCAAAUACUACUCCAAAAGAAGGGAAAGAUAUCAAGGACGUUAAAAAAUCUAAAAAGGAACCCUCUUCUUCCAAGAGUGAAGGCAAGAGUGGACCUACACCUUCGAUAACUGCAAAGGCGAACUCUGAAUCCAAAGAAACUCGACAAAAAGGCAAAGGGAAGGGAGCGAAAGAACCAAAAUCGAUAGAGCCAGUUCAUGAGAUGCCUCCUUCGGCCACAGACUCGAAGGCUUCAAAGUCAAAGACCAAAAAAUCCCAAUUAAAUUCCGAGAAAGAGGAUUCCAGAGAUUUAUUGACUACCUCAGAUUCCAAAUCUUUGUCUAAAACAAGAAAGAGAACGCGUGAGGAACCAGAUUCCACUCAAGAAGUGUCAUCAAAGAGGCAAAAGGCAGAAACACACUCCUCUAAAACAAAGGUGGCUAAAGAUGCAGGACCAAAGAAAAAGAAGGUUGCUACACCGUCUGAAGAAAGUUCGGGUGACGAUGAGGAGGAAGCUGAAAUUCAGGUAGCCACAAGACAGGAUGGCGAAGAUGAAGAG